AUGGUAGUGAUAAAUAAUAAUAGUGAAGAUAUAUCUCUAUGUGACGAUGGAGUUAAUAAAGAAGUAAUUAAAAAUAUUUUUUUGGAAGAUAUAGAAAAUAAAAGAAGAAACCAACAUAUUGUUAAAAGACGUAGCAUUGUUCAUUUUGGUUUAAAAUUAUUUUUAUUUUCCAUUUGUAUUUGGACCUUACAAUAUGCCAACAAUAAGUAUGAUUACAGUGACAAUGGUUAUAAUUAUACCCUUGAAAAUAUAUUAGAAUCAAGAAUUAAUAGAUCUUUAUCAGAAAAUCAAACUCAUGUUUCUCAAUCAGCAACCGAAGUAGCUGAACAAGAAAAUAAUAGUACAGAUGAAAUAAAAAACCAAACCACUGUACAACAACAACAGCAAAAUGAAAUAAAUAAUUUUGAAAAUAAAUUAAAAGAUUUAAAAGAUUGUUUAUUUGAUAAAAUUGAUAAUGCCGUAGAUUGGGAAAAUCUUUCUGCCAAUGUUAAGGGAUAUUUGGAAAAGUUUGAUAAUACUAUAGAAAAUAAAAUAAAGAAAGAAGUUCAGAAUGCUAAUCAACCUACUAAUUUGAUGACAAAUUUAGAUCCAAAAACUCAAUUCAUAAAAAAUAUCACGAAGAAUUAUGAUUUGUAUACACCACCACUUUUACUAAUGUUAGCUUCAGCUAUGUUAUCCGAAAAUUUAAAAAAAAAAAUAUUCCAAGUUAUUGCCUUCCUUCUUUUUGUUGUCUUAAUUUAUUUAUAUUUAAAAUUAAAGAAAGUUAAUAGAACUAUAAAAAAAAAUUCAAAUGAUAAUGGAACAAAUAAUAAUUUAGCCACAAAUCCAAAUAUUAUUAAAAGUGCCUAA